GGCGGUAUUUUUUAUCCAUCAGUCCGCGGGCACACUGAAGUGCAUGCCAACAACAAUGCGUGCGUUUGUUUUUCGUUUUUUUUUUCGUUCAAUAAAUCUAUAAAAACUAAAUUUACCUGGCCCCGAAACACUAACAAUCGCGACUAGGCACGCGUGCAAGUGAAUAAAAGCGGAGAUGCAUUGCCGGAAGAGAUAGUACUAACAAAAAUCAGAUAUACACGCAUGCAAAUCACACACAUGCAUACACAGAAAACAAACCAGUUGUUGGUGUUGUAAAUAAGUGCAAGUAAAUCAGAGGCUGGCAGCAGCAGUAGCAGCGAUCGGAAAAGUCGCCACAGCGCCAAAGAAAGGGAACAAAGAGAGAGCAGGCGAGAGAACGUUCAACGAGCGACAGGGAAAAGUGGAAAAGCAGCUCCACCCCCUAUUUGGGUGCAACACACACGCUUCGCUGGGUACGCGACAGCAGAACGUCGAACGUCAGUCAGGCAUCAACUGCUCCCCGGACUCAGUCCACCGCCUAGCAGGCAAGAAAGCCAGCACCAGCCCCCGUCUGUCUGUCUGCCAGUUGAAGCGGCAGUCUCUGGAAAGCAAUUUUCUGGUAGCGACGGCAACAGCAAUCAGUAAUAAUCGUUCCAGCGAAAAAGACACCACAAUUAGCUGGCAGAAUGGAGCUGAAAGUCUGGGUUGAGGGCAUCCAGCGGAUUGUCUGUGGCGUGACGGUGAAUACGACGUGUCAGGAUGUGGUGUUUGCCUUGGCCCAUGCCACGGGUAAGGUGGGGCGCUUUACGCUGAUCGAACGAUGGCGCAAUAAUGAACGACACCUGGCCCCCAAUGAGAAUCCCAUGAAGCUGCUACUUAAAUGGGGCGAGUAUGCAAAUGAUGUGCAAUUUAUAUUGCAGCGUUCAGAGAAUAAAGCUCAGCAGCAGCCAACGCAGACGCAGCAGAGCAACAAUAACAACAACAACAACAACAAUUAUGCUGUGAUGACAACGAAAAAACCGCUGGGUCCAAACAAUAGCAAUAGCAACAGCAGCAGCAGCGGAAAGCCAGCGCCCACCUUGCAAAAACAAAAAUCGAAUGUGGAACUAAGCUACCGGACAAAGGAAUUGAAAAAGAGCUUUGGGGGCUACGAUGCCAAGCAGUUCGAUAAUAUUGGGAUAGUCAAGGGCAUACCACAGCAGCAGCAGCAGCCACCACCGAAUCCCACACCAGUAGCAACGCCUUCGCCAUCGCCACCGCAGGCAGCCAAGGAGCAAGUGCCGCCGCCACCGCCGCUGCUGGAUAACAUUGCAGCACCCAUAGUGCCCAAGCAUGAGAAAUCCUUGUCGAAUCCACUGGAUAUGAGCAGCAGCACUGUGGCCAAUCUGGUUGCCGUAGCCAGCAAUGGCUAUAAUGAUUUGUACAACAACAACAGCAGCAGUCAGCAUAUUUAUAGCCAGCUAAGCAAGUCAAGCAAUGAACUGCGACGCGCUAGCCCCAAUGAAAUGUACUACAACAAUAAUAACAAUAACAAUAUAAAUAAUAAUAACAAUAACAACUCACCCGAGCUGUAUAAACAAACGACGCAAAUACCAACGAUAUCGGCAAAUGGAGCUUUAGUGCCGCCACCGUACCGUGAUCCGCCGCCACCCAGGAACAGUCCCAUGUGCCAGAAUCAACGCAGCAAUGCCGAUACCAUAUCCAAUGCAUCCUCCUCAACGAAUCCCUUUCUCAGCAGCGAUUACGAUCAGCACAGCAAUCACAACCACAAUAAUAACAACAACAAUAACAGCGGCAGUGUAUCCAUGGAGGAGGGCGAAACAAUGAUGUUCCAGGCCACGCAAUACAACGAUCUGUUGCAGUUGAUCAAAUUUCAGAGAGAGAAAAUCACAGCACAGCAAAUGGAAUUACAAAAGUUUGAUACGGAAAUUGUUUAUUUGGAGAGCAAGGAGCGUGAUCAUGCCCAUGAGCUGGAGGCCAUCUCGAGGGAAAUCUCCAAGGCCGAUCAGACCUUUCGUCAGGGCAGCGAACAGCUGCAGACAUUGCAAUAUGUGGAGGAGGAAAAUGAAUUGGUCAAGCAGCAGGAGAAGACCCUCAAAUCGGAGAUAGCCCUGCUGCGCUCCAAAUUGGCCAAUUGUGAGACAGAGCUGCUGCAGUGCAAGAACAAAAUGCGCCUGCUGAUGGAUGACAUAGAGCUGGAGCAGCAACAGCAGCAGCAGAACAAUCGGCAAACGGUGGAACGUGAUUUUCUGAUGGAAAUGGAGCGGAUACAGAGCGAAAUCGAUCAGGCAUUGCACAACACCGACACCUCGAACAAGACGGCGGAUAACCUGAAGAAGGAGUUGCUAAUGAUCGAGCAUGCUAUUGCCGAGAAGAAGCGUCAGGUGGAGCAGCUGGUCAACGAGAUGAAGGAGGUGAAUCUGCAGAGUCUGACGACUGUGACCACCACGGAGGAGAUUAAACAUUUGCUCGAGGGACAGGCCAACAAGCAGGGCAGCAGUCGUCGCAUCAUUGGCUCACCGCGACAGCUGGAAACGGCAGUACCGACUAGUAAAAAUCCCCAUGGCGUUUGGGUCUAAGGCACAGCAGCAACACACAUCGAAACAUACAUACAUAUUUUUCUAAGGGUGUUUAUCAACAACAAUGUUUUCUGGGAACAAACAAUUUGAUGGGACACAUAUCUUGAAUGCAUAAUGGAGUUGAGAGAGCAAAGCACAACGCUUCCAUAUGGAUAUCACAAUUAUACACCAUAUUCUAUACAAAUUUACAAUGAUCCAUCCGCGUGCUUGGAGGGCAUUGCUUUAGUUAAAUUUACUAUCCGAAAUAACACUUAAUGGAUCUCUCAAACUAAUGAUUAACAAUAAUUAUUAUUGUUACAAUUUUACAACACAUUCACAAAAUAUCUGCGCACAAAGCAACUUCUAUUUACUAUGUUUAUUCUACAUACAUUCCAAUUAUUUUAGUUUCGAGUGCUAUACUUUUUUUAGAUUAGUUUUUGUUGUUGCUAGUCUAAAACGCAAUUCCAAUCUCCAAACAACAAAACAAAACGCCGCCAUUAGUUGUUAAUUUUACGAAAUAGAAACUUUAAUUGUUGCAAUAAUUCGAAAAGCCUUUUAACCAUCUAAGUAGUGCACUUAGUGAUUUGCUUAUGGAUGGAUUUAUUCAGGAUUCACAAAAUAAAUUACACAAAACUAUAUUGUACUUAAGGCAUUUAGGCGCAGCUUUAGCAAACAAACAAACAAAAAACAGAAUUAAAAAUAUUAGCAAUGCUUUGUUAAACGUUUCACUUCUAAAGUGCUUAGCCUUAGCCACCGGUUGGGAUCCGUACGCGUAUGUGGGGAUCCUACACUUGAGCAAUUGCAAAAGGUGUUUAAACAUUAGUAUUUAUGGAUGCAUAUUUUGUAGCUUGUUUUUAGUUUUAGUUUUUAAUUAGCAAUAUUUAAUAGUUACACAAGAUUUGUAGACACCACAAAAGCAAACAUAAAAAAAACACCAACAGCAAUGCAAUUUAAUUAUUAAUACACAUUACUAUUAACGUUAAACAAACGAUUUAGAACAAAUUCUAAUUGCAUUAUAUCUAAAUAGCUAAUAAAUACAUCUUUUAUUAUUUUUUA